AUGGAGUGGCAGCUUCUGGGACUGGCUCUUUGCCUCAGCUUGGUGCCCACGGCCUCCACGGACUGUGCUACUGAGUGUUCGACAUGCGCUCUGCACGGCCAGGACCUGGAGAAACCCAUCAGCCCCUUAAUCUGUUCUCUGGAGUGUCAGGGAUCAUUGCUGUCCUCUGGAGAGUGGGAGGCAUGCAAGAAAACUUUGUUUGGCUUGGCCCCUUUCUUGAUGGAAGAGCAGUCAAAGAGAUUUUCCCAAGUGGAAGAAGAAGAGAAGUCUGAUCAAGGAGGAAGCCCUGCACCCUGGGAGCUUUACGCGGGGCUGGUCAAACGUUAUGGCGGCUUUAUGAAGAAGCUGGAUAAGAACAAGAUCUUUUCUCUGCUGCGCGAGAAUGCCCACACCAAGGGUAUCAGCAAGAAGUACGGCGGGUUCUUCCGCAAGAUGGGGGAGAGGUCAACCUCUGAGUUGGGCGAAGAGGAGGAUGACCCAGGGACCUUGGAGAUGGGUGAUCUAGGCUACAUUGGGGAAGAGUCAGAUCUGGGAUCUCCGAAGGAUGAGACGAAACGUUAUGGGGGCUUCCUCCGCAAAUACCCCAAGAGAAGUUCAGAAGGGGCAGCUGCCGGGGACGACGGGCAGGCACUAGAGGACCUACACAAGCGCUACGGAGGCUUUAUGCGUAGGAUCCGCCCUAAGCUGAAGUGGGACAAUCAGAAGCGUUACGGCGGAUUCCUGCGGCGGCAGUUCAAGGUGGCCACAAGAUCAGACGAGGAGCCCAAUGCCUACUCAGGGGAGGUCUCUGACCUAUAG